AUGAAUAUCCGGGAGGACGCGGACGAAAAAAGGUACGGCGGCUGUCGCGCACGAAAUGUUUACGCGUUUUUAGAAAUUACGUAUUCCCGCGUCGUAGUGGCGGAUGUAUGCGAGAAACACGCGGAUACGACCGUCGCCGCCGCCGCCGCCCAGUGUCCCGGUCUCGUCUCCGCUUUCCCAGUGCGGUGGGAGCGACACUGCGGGAAUGCAACAAAACUCGGCAUCUGCAGAGUCGGCGAGUCGACGUUUGGAAAGCGUGAAAUUCGGACGGGCAAAAACUUGGAAAGUGCAAAAAUUCGGAAUUUAUAA